UGUUCCUGCAACGAUGACUCACUCACAGCCACUUUCCAAUUUCAGUGCUAGUUAGGAGCGAGCUAAGAACCAAUUAGUCGGGGGUGAUAGUAAGGAUGUCAUCUUUGAAGAUCCAUGUCAUGGUAGCAGUCGUCGCGGUGAUCGUCCUCGGCGCCUUCCUCCCUUCUCAUGCGUCGACGACGGUCGACGAACCAGCUAAAUAUAACCCCACGGCUCCGGCUCCCUCGCCUUCACACUCCUCACCGCCCCCGGUCCAACCUGUGAUCGUCGUCCAAGGCGUCAUCUACUGCAAGUCCUGCAAGCUCCGGGGCUACAACAGCAACAUGGACGCGUCCCCUCUCCCCAACGCGACGGCGAGCCUGGUGUGCUACGGCGACGAGGAGAGCAAUUACAGGGUGCUGAAUCAGACGAGCACGACCACCGACAAGAACGGCUACUUCCUAGUGAUGGUGUACGACGUGGACAUGUUCGACAGGCACAGCUGCCGGCUGUACCUCCGGUCGUCGCCAACGCCGCUCUGCGCCGCGCCCUUCAUCCCGUCGAACCCGAAGCUCGGGCUCACCCUCUUGAGGGAGCAGGUGGCGACGCCGCUGCCCAAUGGCGCGCGAGGCGCCUACCACCCCAAGAGCGCGCUCAUGUAUGCACCGGGCCGCGGCGGCAAGUGCCCCCCGUACUAACUUGGUCACAUGAGAUGCCUGGUUGUCGCAGAUCGAUUGCACGCUCAACAUGCAUGCAUGCAUGCUCUAGCUUUUGGUCACGAGCACGUAGUCCCAGGCAAUAAUAAGUUGAAAUGGUUGUCAUGUACGUGUCGUUCGUUUAGUUGAUGCUCGAUGGAGUAUCUGUUGUAGUUUGCGUCUGAAAUCGGAUGUGAUUUGCUCUUCUGUGUAACGCUUUUUCAGUCAGUCCUGUCCUCGAAUUAAAGAGUUUGCGCGUCC